CAAAUAAGAUUAUCGCUGUUUUAAAAAGGCAUACGAUGGAACGGGAAAACAGUACACGUUGCAAAGGGCCAAUGAACAUGAGGACACUUCUAUCUUUCUUUCUGGCUGUUGCCAUAACUCAACUUUGUGGCGGUGCGAUAAUCAGCUCCGUGGAGGAUUACUUUUGGAGGGACUACAGUGGAAUAGUACCGAAGGACGCGUAUGCCGCAGGAACCGACGCAAACGGCCAACCUACGUACGUAGCCCAAAUCAGCAUUCCCUACGUUCGAGAUCCUCGGCGUUCAACAGUUGAUGUAAUACCUGCGGUUCUACGCGCUGGGGAAGUCGAAGUGUACGCGCCUUAUAAUUUUGACGUCACUUACGUCAGCGCAAUUAAUUCAUCUUUGAAGGUUCUGUGCGUCUAUAGCUCUAGUUACUACAAAUGGCAUUCGCUAACUACCCCAUUACCAUCAUACCAUCGGUAUGUUGUAGUGGGAUAUGAGUCUUCGAGACCAUUGUAUCUGGGUCGCGCGGUAAUGGACAAUCAAACCCUAACUGGAAAAAUAUAUGCUGAUGACAGACGCAGACUUAUAGCGGCCUACCAAGGUGGACAAGUUUAUCUGGAUUCUUUCACAAUAUUGACUUAUUAUCGUUAGCUGAUUCUAGGGUCUAAGAUAAAUAUUCCUAUCGCGUAAUAAUGUUUAAUUUUUUGUAGAAUGUCGUACCGAUUAUCCUCAAGGGUAAGGGGUAAAGGAUUAAAUAAAAAGUCAAAUAUCUUUAUUCAA